AUGGCUACGUGUGACACAGUCGAGACACCUGGCUGGGCGAGGUUUGCCUUGCUCCCCGGGGAGCUGAAGAACAACAUCCUAACCCAGCUCGACGCGAUCGGCCUUGUCAGCCUCAGCCAGACUAACCAUUAUUUCCACACGCUGAUCAAACCGAGAAAGAGGGAAUUGGGUGAACGGCUUCUCGCAAUAGAGGAUCGCCGCCAGCACCAGGCCCAUGCGCUCCGGUAUCAGCAGCAGCGGCAUCGCAAACGGUCUUCUCGGGAGCCUCAGAGCAAAAGCUGGGAGAUCCAUGAGUGGGCCUUGACCGGAGAUGGAAACGAUACGGUUACAUCAAGACGUCGUGGAGGCCAUCGAGGCGUCACGGGGGACGGCGCGGGGGUGAACGGGCAUGGAAACGCCUGUGCAACGAGUGACAGCCGCAUUGUCUCGUUCAGGUCGUCCCUGGACCGCUUCUAUCCCGGCCUGGAGCGGGUGUUUGAGCCGAAGCGGCCCAUGACACCCCAUGCCAAGGAUUGCGCCGACUGCCGCGAAAGGAGUGCCUAUGUGUGGGAUUGGAUGAUGUACAUGGCCCGGUGCCCCCGGUGCGAGCAGUGGCAGGAGCUGAGGGAGUUCCGCGACGCCCCAGCGACGAUCAUGGCCUUGCCGCCCGAUUCGACCUGCAACUCCUGUUUCGCCGUGGAGUUUGGCUGCGAGGCUCUGGGGGAGGACAUGCUGCCGCGUGUGAAGGGGCUGAUUGGGGAGACGCUUGCAACUCUGGAACGCCGCCUCACACUCGGAGGGGUGGUGUCGGGGACUCUGUGGAAUCUCAUCGAGACGAACCAGCCUCUGGUUUCCGUGAUCCAGAAUGUGGUUCGCAUGAGUCAGGGGGGGCCACUUACCCGUGAAAACGUCUAUUGGCUCAGCCAGUAUCAUGGCCAGUACUUGAAGCUCAGAGCCGAGGUGUUCAAAACGAGUGCCGACGGGCUGGUGGACGGUUUCCUAGCGCUGGAACAAAGGCUUGGGUUCGUGUCGUGGUCCCGUUGCUUUGACCAGCUCAAGGCUGAAUGGCUCUGGCUGGGAGCGUGCGAGGAGGAGGCCGACCGUGAGCCUGCCUUGUUGGCGGAAUGGGCACUGGCGAGAGAUGGUGCUUCGUUGGAAUAG